GCGAGGCAAGAGUGCUAGGAAUCAUACUGACGAUCGGGUCUUCAAGCUGCUGUCGAGUAGUCGUGGCAAGGAACGUCAGGCGGGUACGCACUCGACGAACGAACGUCAGAAGAGCACGUGAAGCACGACGCAUUAGCGGCCGAUAAGAUUGAUAGGCGUAGUUGGGUGUGCUUUCGCUGCUUUCUUGCUAUCGUCGUCUGUCUUUCUGUCGAAAGAAAGGGAAAAAAAAAAUGGCUCGUCUUCUGCUACUGGCGACCUUGGUCCUCGUCAUCUCCGUCGUCAUAGCGGCGAAUGAUCAAGAUCAAGUCGACGUUCAGAAAAUUGCUGACCUUAAGAUUCCGUCGCCGGGAUCAGCCUCUUCUACUUCUGCCGACGGCGCCGCCAAAUCUGGAACUAGUCAGACUGCUGUUGUUGCAAGGGGUAGCAUCAAGUAUGCGUACAGUUGUUGGACAAACUCCAUUCCUCAGGGUUCCAAUAGCCUUUUCACCGUAUCUGUGAGGCCAAACAAACUGUCUAGCUGCUUCACCGCCUGCGCGAUCUACAAGAAGAAUGGGUGCAAGGGGUUUGUAUGGUCGCAGAAGUACUCGGCGUGCGUCCUGAAGAAGAAGGUGUCGAAGAUUUACUACCCCUUUUAUGGCUAUGUCACCUGCUCCAUCCGCUGGCUGUAAGCUGGUACCGCCGUAACACGAUGGGCCCAAGCCGCCCAAGUCCCACAGUGUCCGGCUUGCAACUCUCUCUCUCUCUCCAAUCGUUGAUCUUCGUGAUCUACGGCCAGAGAUCCAGGUUUCCUGUAACGUGGUCGGGAACUCGGUUGUACACGCAAUAGGUCAUUAAGGCACGUGAUGGAUAGGUACUACUAAGUAGUGAAGCAUUUUUGUAAGAUACGUGGUAGAGGCGGGGGCAAGAAGUCUCGCACGUGUUUUACACUUGGGAAUUUGCGCAAAUUCUGGCUUUUUGUGUACAUUUGUGUACGUACAUUUCACUGCCACCUUGGAGAUGGCGGCGGCAUUAUAACAAAAAAAAAAAAAGAAAUGCCGCUGACUGACGGACAGUGUGUAGUACUGCUACUGCUGCUGCUGCUGCUGCUGCUGCUGAAAUGGCGACAGCAACCCCGUUUAUGCGUGCUGAAGGCUCGGCGGCAUUAUAACAAAAAUAAAAGAAAUGCCGCUGACUGACAGACAGUGUGUAGUACUGCUGCUUCUGCUGCUACUGCUCUGCUCCUGCUGCUGCUGCUGGUGCUGCUGCUUCUGCUGCUGAAGUGGCGACGCAACCUUGAGUAUGUGACGGUAAAAUGGUGGGCGCUUUCUGCAGAGUUGAUUGCCUUCAAGUUGAAGAGAAGCAAGUUAACUUAUGAGUGGAGAUGUGACCGCAGUUGCAUGUGGAGUCUAGUGGAGACGAGAGAGGGAGGCAGUUAAAUGUGGAGAGGAGUGAGCUUGUAAUAGGAAUGAGAAGGGCGUUUGCCAACGUCCCUCGCUCAGAAUACGAGCGACAGUCAGGUGUGCAGCAGUUGUCAGCUUGUAACUGAACUUGUGUAAAAGGAGAGAGAGAGAGAGAGAGAGAGAGAGAGAGAGAGAGAGAGAGAGAGAGAGAGAGAGAGAGAGAGAGAGAGAGAGGAUGUUUAAUGUUCUCUCGUAGUGACUGCGUGGUCCAUAUUGCCUCAUUUCCAUGGUAAUCGUGUGUUUAGUAGUGAGGUAUGAUGUAGGCAGGGCCGAGUAGUUGUAGACGCUUCAUAACUUCGUUCAUCUCCUGCUCUCUUUCUUGGUUCGUCUUUCUCACGUGAAUGGAUAUGUGGCUUUCGAAAGUUCUAUAUGGUAUAAAGGUUCUAAC